AUGGGGAAUAUAUUGAAACAUAUGACAUCAUUUGGUAUAAAUAAUGUAUGAAUAUACAAAUACUCGAGAACACUAUUUCUGAAUCAAACAACCCAAAAUAGGCAGUUUUUUUAAACUCGAAGCAAAACUCACCUUGUUUACAAGACCAAAUACGGCAGCGAUCGCUUGGUUUCGACACAGCAUUGCCAUAAAAGGGAAUGGUUCUAGCGCCUCUACACAGCGAAGGCGUUAGGAAGGGAAUUCCCGCUGACCUCAUGCGAUCGUAUAUAAAGCGAGACGCGUAGCGAAAUUUAUUCACAUCGGGCUAUAUGUUCAAUCACCGUUAUGGAUAAAGCUGAAAUAUUGGAGUACGUGCGUAGUUCCGAAGGUCGAUCGAAGAGAAUAUAGAAAGAUUUAUAGACGAGGAUGGCAAGGACGACAAGAUAAAAAGACUUGCUGAUGGAAUAAAAACAUUCUAUAUCUCUCUUUUCGACCGUAGAAAAGGUACAAUACGAUAAAAUAAAAAUGUAUUUAAUCCAUUGAGCAAAUCAUUUACAGCAUUGUGGCGCGUUUUUCACUUUUUACAAUUUCUUUUUUUUCGUUUUUCAUCCCUAUAGGAGUGUUUGACACGCGCGGUUGAAGAGAAGUCGCAUUCACCUGUAAUUGGUUCGAAGCGCAAACGUGCCAUGCCAAAAGUAGGGAGCGGUAAGGGCAGUCCUCUGAAGCCUCGAAAAGUCCACGUGUCAAGGAGACAACAACGGGUACGGGAAAAGCGUGGUUUCAAUCUAUCUGGAUUUGGUCGCGAGCGGCGAGUCGCGCGCCAAAAAGACGAGCCAUCUACGAGUACCGCAGGCGACAAACCCUUGAAUGCGUCAACAUCUCCACCACCAGAGACACCACCACCAGGAACACCACCACCAUCAGCGCAAGAAACACCACCACCAACAGGGCAAGAAGCACCUGCCUCACCACCAGUGCAACAGACGUCUUCACCAACACCUUUAUCGCCAGCAGCACCAGUAGCAGCAGCAGCAGACGCACAAAUUCCUUUUAAAGACGAUGGGCCUCUGAGUUUACAGAUCAGAGACGAUUCAUGGGGGCGAGGCGGCGUUCAACGAUUUCAGCUGCUGGCAGCGAUGUCACAAGACGGCGAGACGUCUUCGUUAGGAUCUGACGCUAGCGAUAAUCAGGCCUCCGAUGAUGAACUAGGCCUGUUUGAACGAGAGAUAGAACACUGGCACCGAGUAGACUCACGGUUAGAGUAUGCUAUUCGCGACAUGUGGUACGAAAUUUCCAAAAAUACCACACCGGAUCAAAGCGACAGUGAAUUUUUGGAGACGCUUGUUACCGUGCACAACAUGUCAAACGCUGUGGCAAACUCAAUGGCCCAUCUUAAAGGGUAUCUUGUACAGCAGUGUCACCAACGUGACACCUCGGGAAAAGAACUCGAGAUUACACGAGACGAAAUAUCUUCUGGACUUCGCGCAGCGGAAUAUUCAGAGUAUAUUGCAUUGAUAAAGCAAUGUGCACGUGGUGAUUGCCAAGAGUGUACAGAGGUGUCAGAAUUUGACGAUGCUUACAACAG